CAUGGGCUGGGAAGGAUGUACACGUCCUCCUUUCAAAAAUAGUGCCAUACAAACAUGGCAUCACAAACACUGGUCCAAACAAGGAGCUGGAGAGUGAGGUGAUCAAUGCCUACCUUACACUCAUUGUAAGAAAAUUCAACCAGCGCAAUGACGGUCAAGCAGCUGUUAUUGACAGUUACGCUAUGACCGCCAUCUGGAAACACAAAUUUGGAAGAAUCCGGGUUGAUCCAAUGGCACACACAGUCAUCGUGGGAAUUGUGAACGAGAACCAUCACUGGAUGUUGGUGGUAAUGUACCCCCAUGAGAAGAAAACCCUCUUCUUGGAUCCACUUGGAGAAGGGAAAGGCAAAAUGAGGGUGUGCCUACAAUCUACAAGAGCCUUUAUGAGGAUGAAAGGCUGCAAGGUGUCAAGGUGGACAUGCAGCACCCUCCCCCAUAAUCACCAACAAGACAGCACAUCCUGUGGUGUCCUGGCCUUAAAAUUUGCAGAGAAGAUUUUACUGGGGGAGGCAAUUGAGUUUGAAACCUCCCAGAAGGCAGUGGAGGAGCUGAGGCUGGACAUUGCUACUUCUCUCCUCAGAGAAUCUGAUGAUCUAAGCAGGCUUUGCUUUUACUGCGGGAUGGAGGAGCAGGAUGAAGAACAUUGGAUUUGCUGUGACAUUUGUCAGCGGUGGUACCACCACCAAUGUGUACAAGGCCUGCUGUGGAUCAACCCCGCGACCCCGGCCACCGUGACAUUCUGCUCCACCAUCUCCUCUGAUUCUGACUCCUCCCCCUUUAUCCAUCAGCUGUAA